GCUCCGUUAAUAAGUUGUUGCAACUUGUAGCAGUUCAGUAUGAAGGACACCUGACGGAGGAGGAGAGAUUUUGUAACCCAGCGUCCGGCCUGCGGAGAUCACUUCCUAACCCCAGUGACGGCGAUCUGCUGACUCAAUGUUUCCUUUCUUCCAGUUUGUAAGGACACAAAUUCUCAUGUCAAAUAUUCUCAGAAGAAACCAAAAUAUAUCACAAAAUCACAUCACAGAGCAGGAAAUCUUCACUGCGGAAUAUGAGAUGAUGGAUGUGUGACCCAUGCUGAACCCCGAGAUCAGACGCCAUGUCCAGGCCCAGUGGGACCUCACUACCCAGGAGGCUGGCCCGUCGUGACCCCAGCGGGAAAGAUGUCAAGAGGCCGAUCGAUGAAUCCACCAAGAAGAACGUGAUCCUCACAGAAACAGAGAACCUCCUGAGUUCAGAGGAAGACUUCUUAUCGUCGCUGUCACAGAUCCACACCGUCGUCCUGAGCAGAUUAUUACAGGUCACAGAUGUUCCGGAUCCUUUAGGGAACGAUUACCUGACGUUGAUGAAGCGUCUGAAUGAAAGGUUUCAUGGCGUCUGGGAUGUGACCGCCGGAUGUUUCCAGACCCUAAAGGAGUCUCCCGGGCGGCUGGCGGGGGACAUCCAGGACCUCUACCUCCUGACAGAAGAGGCUCGUCUCCUCCAGGUCUACAGGGGAUACGUUUCCGCAUUCACAGAUUUUCUGGUGAUGAAAGGAUUCGAAAGAUCGGCCAAACAAUCGAGCAGCUACUGGAAGGAGAACAGGAAACUCCUCUUGCAGCUGAUUGGGGAGCGAUCGGAGCCCCCCAUCCACGUGCUGCUGCAGAGGGUCUUGAUGGAGCCGUUCAGGAAUCACGUACAGCAGUAUUCACUACUUCUAUCGCGGCUGACACCCUUAAAGGACGCGUCUCUUGCAGACUCCAUCGCUGCGUUUGAGAGAUUACAGACAUUCAUCAGUCAGGCGCUGGACGAAGCCUCUCAGACCAAACUGCUCUGGAGCUCCAUGUCCAGCAAACUGGUGGCCGCUCUUUGUACCCCCGACCGCCGACUACAAGAAGACAGUAAAAACGUUGCAGUGACGGUGACGCCCGGCAGAUACGACCGAGUCCUGCUCUUCAAUGAUCUGCUGGUCUUCCUGCAGAGGAACGACCCUCAUAUCUGUGACCUGCAGACCGUCUGGGUGGACACGAACACGAGGCAGAAGUCUGAACUGAGCAGCCACCUGCUUCGUAUAGUGACCCCAGAAGAGGAGCUCUUCCUUUCCACGCGGGAGAAGCCACAUCAGGUGCUGUGGUCCUGGAAGAUGAACCAGCUGAUCCGGCAGCGUCUGGAGGGGGAGCGGGAUUUUCCUUUAUGGGGGAAGGCGGGAGACUCCAGUGACCCCCCGACCUCUCGGCUGUCUAAGUACACGUACAGGGGCGAGGGCAGGUUUAAGAACGCCGUGUACGAGGGCGACAUGUCCUGGGGCAAGCCGCAUGGCAAAGGAACGCUGAAAUGGCCAAAUGGACGCAAUCACGUGGGGGAUUUCAAAUAUGGACAAGAAGACGGCUUUGGCAUUUGUCUGAUCCCGGACGCUUCCGGCGACAGAUACGACUGUUAUAAAAGUCACUGGAGGAAUGGCGCCAUGCACGGAUAUGGAAUCUGUGAGUACGCGGACGAGUCAGUGUAUAAAGGUUACUUUAAGGACGGGAUGCGGCACGGAUUUGGCAUCUUGGACAAGCAGGAACCGACCACAACCUCCUGGAAAUACACUGGAAACUGGGAGCGAGACCAGAGGUCGGGGUAUGGAGUCUGGGAAAGCUCGGACAACAUUGAGAGACACAUCGGGAUGUGGCAGGAGAACCAGAGACAUGGUCUUGGCAUCGUCCUUCUAAACACUGGCGCCUGUUAUCAGGGGGUCUUCAACGCAAAUAAACUGGUGGGUCCUGGCGUCCUGAUAACAGAGGACAACAGCAUGUACGAGGGCGAGUUCACUGAAGAAUGUCUCUUAUCUGGGAAGGGAAAACUCACUUUUGCUAAUGGAUUCACCCUGGUGGGAACGUUCAGUAAAAGUGCGCAGAGCGGCCUGCAGACGCAUGGAGUCCUCAGCACGGUCGGUGGCUUCCAGGACGAGAUCCUGAAGAAGAAAUUUCAGUUUGGCGCUGGGUCAUUCCCGGUGGAGGAGCGCUGGCAGGCGAUAUUUGAACAGUUCCAGAAAUUCCUUGAAUCUGGAUGCAAAAGAGACACUGAAGAAUCUUUCUUGGGUUUUCACGUCAAGUCCAGCAAGAAGAUGCAGAAGUCUCAGGAGUACCUGUACUGUCAGAGGGACAAUAAGAAGGACUCGGGUCAGAUCGAGGACAUUAUGAAGGAGAUGAGACUAGAAUCGGAAUCUCUCCACAGUUAUCUGGAGAAGGUCUUUAACACUUCCCAUCACCCGCUGAAGAAGAUGGUGAAGCUGCUGGUUGUGGUGUUUCAGGCCACGUACGCAGGUCUAGGCACGAACCUCCAUCUUCUGAGCAUGGCGCAGGAGGAGAUCAAGUACUACGCCAAGAAGCUGUGGGAGCUCUUCAGAGCCUUACUCGCCAUGUCAGCAGAGAGGAGCGGCGGAGCUCUGUACGGGGGACGAGAUGACGACGAAAUGAGUGAGGACCUGAACCCCUACACCACCAUCCUCCCAGCCAUCCUCCCUCGAUUUCACCCCGACCUCUUCAUGUUGUACAUGCUGUAUCGGCAGCAGGAGGAUGCCCUCUACUGGCAGGGUAUUGUGCGCCUGGGCCACCUGACUGACACUAAACUGCUGGAGUUUCUGGAUGUGCAGAAGCAGCUGUGGCCCCUGAAGGAUGUGAAGCUGACAGCCAAUCAGAGAUAUUCCAUCGUGAGACACAAGUGUUUCCAGUCUGCAAUCGAGUGUCUGCAGAAAAUCAUCUCGACGGUUGACCCGAAGGAGAAGCUGGGGAUCAUCCUGAAGACGUAUCAGGAGAUCGAGAAGACGGUGUCCCAGGUGCUGAGUAAAGACUACAAGCUGCCCAUGGACGACCUGCUGCCGCUGCUGAUCUACGUGGUGUCUCGGGCGGGGAUUCAGCACUUGGGAGCAGAGAUCCACUUUAUACAAGAUCUGAUGGAUCCCAGUAACCGGGGAGGAAUAAAUGACUUCCUGCUGACCGCUGUGGAGUCUUGUUACGAGCACAUUCAGAAAGACGAGGUUCGGCUUUUCAAAUGAUGGACGAGUCUACGGAAAAAGCGGAGCAGAAGCUUUCUACGCCCACACUAUUAAUGGACUCCUCCCACCGCUCCAGGAGGACACGCUUUAUCUGGAUAUUCCUUCUUCAUCUGACGCACAGAUAAAUCAGUUCAUAUAUUCCUUUCAUAGAUAAAACGCUUGCACAUAAGGAAACUGAACAGUGUAGAUACCAGUCCUGCCCAGAAAUGGUCCCUGAGAGGACGGAAAGGAAGGAAGAGUUCAGCAGCGCCACCUGCUGGCCGGAAACAGAACUGGAGCUAAAUCAGAGAUCUGCAGCACCACCUGCUGGCCGGAACCAGAACUGGAGCUAAAUCAGAGAUCUGCAGCACCACCUGCUGGCCGGAAACAGAACUGGAGCUAAAUCAGAGAUCUGCAGCACCACCUGCUGGCCAGGAGAGGGACUGGAGCUAAAUUAUUU